CCCGCCGCGCCCGCCAUGCGCGCCCCCGCCGUGCGCCCCCCGCGCCCCGGGCCGCCGCUGGCCGCCCUCCUGGCCGCCCUCCUGGCCGCCCUCCUGGCCGCGCUGCCCGCCGCUCCGGCCGAGGCCCCGGUCCUGGUGCGCGUGGACGCGGCCCGCGUGCGGGGCCCGCUCCGGCCCUUCUGGCGGAGCACGGGCUUCUGCCCCCCGCUGCCGCACAGCCGCGCGGACCUGUUCGACCUCAGCUGGGACCAGCAGCUCAACCUGGCCUACGUGGGCGCAGUGCCCCAUGGCGGCAUCGAGCAGGUGCGGACGCACUGGCUGCUGGAGCUGGUCACGGCCAGGAGGUCGGCUGGGCAGGACCUGAGCUACAACUUCACGCUCCUGGAUGGGUUCCUGGACCUGCUCCGGGAGAACCAGCUCCGCCCGGGCUUCGAGCUGAUGGGCAGCCCCUCUGGGCACUUCACCGACUUUGAAGACAAGCAGCAGGUGUUUGAGUGGAAGGAACUGGUCUCCCUCCUGGCCAGGAGGUACAUCGACAGGUACGGCCUGGAGCAGGUGUCCAAGUGGAACUUCGAAACGUGGAAUGAGCCGGACCACAAGGACUUCGAUAAUGUGUCCAUGACUUUGCAAGGCUUCUUCAAUUACUACGACGCCUGCUCGGAGGGGCUGCGGGCGGCCAGCCCGGCGCUGCGCCUGGGCGGCCCCGGGGACGCCUUCCGGCCGCCGCCGCGCUCCCCGCUGAGCUGGGGGCUGCUGGCGCACUGCCAGCGCGGCGCCAACUUCUUCACGGGCGAGCGCGGCGUGCGGCUGGACUUCAUCGCGCUGCACCGCAAGGGCGCGGGCAGCUCCAUCUUCAUCCUGGAGCAGGAGAGGGAGGUGGUGCGGCAGAUACAGCGGCUGUUCCCGGGGUUCGCCGACACCCCCAUCUACAACGACGAGGCCGACCCGCUGGUGGGCUGGGCGCUGCCGCAGGCGUGGCGGGCGGACGUGACCUACGCGGCGCUGGUGGUGAAGGUGGUCGCGCAGCACCAGGACCUGCCGCUGGCCCCCGGCGCCGCCCGCCUCGCGCUGCUGAGCAACGACAACGCCUUCCUGAGCUUCCACCCGCACCCCUUCGCGCAGCGCACGCUCACCGCGCGCUUCCAGGUCAACAACACGCGCCCGCCGCACGUGCAGCUGCUGCGCAAGCCGGUGCUCACGGCCAUGGCGCUGCUGGCGCUGCUGGACGGGGAGCAGCUGCGGGCGCAGGUGUCGCGGGCCGGGGUGGUGCUGGAUGCCAACCACACGGUGGGCGCCCUGGCCAGCGUGCACCGCCCCGCCGGGCCCGCUGACGCCUGGCGCGCCGCCCUGCUGGUCUUCGCGAGCGACGACACCCGCGCGCACGCUAACCGCAGCGCCGCCGUGACCGUGACCCUGCGCGGGGCGCCCCCGGGCCCGGGGCUCGUGUACGUGACUUUCUACCUGGACAACCGGUGCUGCAGCCCCGACGCCGAGUGGCAGCGCCUGGGCCGGCCGGUCUUCCCGUCCCCGGAGCAGUUCCGGCGCCUGCGUGCGGCCGAGGACCCCGUGGCCACCGCGCCGCGCCCGUUCCCCGCCGGCGGCCGCCUGACGCUGCGCCGCGCGCUGCCGCUGCCCGCGCUGCUGCUGGUGCACGUGUGCGCGCGGCCCGCCGAGCCGCCCGGCCAGGUGACGCGGCUGCGGACGCUGCCCUUGACCCGCGGGCAGCUGCUCCUGGUCUGGUCGGAUGAGCGCAUGGCCUCCAAGUGCCUGUGGACAUACGAGGUGCAGUUCGCCCCGGACGGCCAGGCGUUUGCACCCGUCCGCCGGAAGCCGUCCACCUUUAACCUCUUUGUGUUCAGCCCAGACACGGCUGUGGUCUCCGGCUCCUACCGGGUCCGAGCGGUGGACUACUGGGCCCGGCCCGGCCCCUUCUCUGACCCAGUGCGGUACCGGGAGGCCUUUGCCCCCUGAGGGCCCUGCUGUCUGCCUUUCGCCCAGGCUGACCGGGGGGCUGGACCCGCAGCAGCUGCCGUGGUCGUCAGAUCUGGUCACCCUCCCUUCCGUCACUCACCCCCUCGAAGUGCCUUCCACACCUGGCCUCGGAGUGGACCUCUGGGACACGGCUGGAGAAGUCUCCCUUCUCCCCUGCCCCUCAGACCCCCCCCCCCCCCAGGGCGCCAGGCGGAGGCCCAGGCACUGCUCUUCAGCGCUCCCUGCCCAGCACCAGGGCCAGCAGGCCCCAUUCCCCUCCCACCCUCUGCCCCAAGGGGGGACCCACUUCCCAAGGCCCAGCUGGGCUCUCCCUGCACCUGCCAGGUGGGGGCAGGCUGGGCGCCAGGCUGCCUGGCACAAAUUGUGCCUCCCACAGGCAUCCUGGUUCCCUGUCUGUCUGGGCCCAGAGGGAGACGGGAGGUGUGCUCAGGUGGAGGCAGUUUGGGGGCAUCCAGAGAGCUGCGGGCAGGGGCAGGGUGGCCAUGGCGUACAGGACCCCAGCCCCCGCCCCGCAGCCCCCCGCUCCCGCAGACAGAGCAGGGAGGGAGCACUGGCUGCACACCAGAGCGGGGGCAGGAGCUUGCUGUGGGCCUGGGGUCCCUGCGGGUGGAGUGCAGGGUGUGGAGGCCCGAUUCCACUCCUGCCCGCCGCCCUCUGGGCUGCCCUGAGCGCAGAUUGGGAGGGGCUGGGUCUGGAAGGGCAGGUGGAAGACAAGGCCCCGUCCACCGCGGACGGCCCACCCAGUGUCCAUGAAAAGCUCAGCAGGGCCGCGUGGCUCGUGGUUGAGCGUCGACCUGUGAACCGGGAGACGGCAGUUUGAUUCCCAGUCAGAGCACAGGCCUGGGUCAUAGCCUCCAUCCCCAGUGUGGGCCGUGCAGGAGGCAGCCAGUCCAUGCCUCUCUCUCAC